AUGGUACGAACUAGACGAUCGCUCGCUGGCGCGGCCGCUGAGACAAGCCAGAGUUCACAGGCCACUCGGCACAAUUCAUCCACAUCUGUGUCUGUACCUGCAGCAAGUAAUUCACUGCCUGUCAAACGUGGUCGCGGUCGCCCUAGCAGAGCGUCCUUGGCUGCUGCUGCUGCCGCCGCUGCUGCCGCCGCCGCCAACAGUGAGUCACUCUCCUCUCUUGGGACGUCGACCUACUCGUCCGCCGACUCCGUCUCGGGCUAUUCAACCCCCUUGACCAGCAAUGUCACCACGCCUGCUCCAAUCGACAAUGCAAAACCCGGCUCCACUCGAUCGACACGCUCUAGUAAACUCGAGGUAGCCAGCCCGGCGGUCAAGAGCCGCGGGUCCGGUACCAAGUCGAACCUGAAGGCCGACAACCAAUCAAUGGGUGCUUCCUCGAGAGCCACGCGAAGGAGUCGACUCGUUACUGUCCCUGAUAGCGAGGACGAUGAUCUCGCAGAUGAUUCCCCGGACGCUAGACGCAUUCGUUACGACGAGGAGGUUGCCCGAUCGCUCCAAGACGAGCUCAAUCGCGAGGUCGAAGGCAUCCUCUUUGAUGACGACCUCGAGGAGCAACCCAUUAUUGAGUCUGACAGUGAGGACUAUGCCGCAACCGAUCUCAAGGGUAAAGGCAAGGCCGUGGCUACUCAGCAAGCCUCUGGUACUCGGGCUGCAGCCAAGAAACGUGUCGUCCAAGACUCAGACGUCGACGACGAUGAUGAUUAUGACAAUGACGACGACUAUUCUGACUUUGCCGAUCUUGCACCCCCAGCCAAGAAGCAGAAGACCGCUGUUAGAGGCCGCGGAAAGCAAGUGUCCGCAAAGGGAAAGACGGUCGUAGCUCCGCCUGUGUCGGACUCGGAUGACGACUUGCCUUUGAGCAAGCGGCACACUGGCCGGAAAGUUGCACGCAGAUCCGGCGCAACAGCUCAAGACACGACCCCAGGACUCGGCGAAGCUAGUAGCGACGGCUCCGGAUUGAGUGAUGUCGAUUCUGCAGAUUUCUCCGCGGAGUCAGAAGACGAUAGUGACGAUGCUGACCCCUCGGCCGCGACGAAUGAUCCGACUAGAAUUCAAGCCAUUUCGCGCCGCCGCCGUGGUUUCGGCGCCUACGCCAACCGCAAGAGAAUCAGGACCGGCAGGCUCCAGCUUGAGGAGCACCAUCCCACUCUUAAGACGAUGUGGGAUCGCCUCAGGGACAUGCCGGUUCUCAAAGCCGGCAAGGCCGAGCAGCCGAAGUCCAUAUCUCGACUCCUCAAGCCUUUCCAACUGGAAGGUCUCGCCUGGAUGAAGGCAAUGGAAAAGACCGAGUGGAAGGGUGGCCUCCUCGGCGAUGAAAUGGGGUUGGGAAAGACGAUCCAGGCCGUGUCGCUCAUCAUGUCUGACUAUCCGGCUAAGCAACCUUCUCUGGUCUUGGUCCCGCCCGUCGCUCUGAUGCAGUGGGUUUCUGAGAUCGAGUCCUACACGGACGGUACCUUGAAGACGCUCGUCUAUCACGGCACCAAUGCACAGGUCAAGGGCAAGACCAUCAAGGAGUUGAAGAAGUACGACGUCAUCAUCAUGUCGUACAACAGCCUCGAGUCGAUGUAUCGGAAACAGGAGAAGGGCUUCAAGAGGAAGAAUGGCCUGCACAAGGAGAAGAGCCUGAUUCAUGCCAUCCAAUUCCACCGUGUCCUCCUCGACGAGGCUCAUUGCAUCAAAACGCGGACGACAAUGACCGCAAAGGCUUGUUUUGCCUUGAAGGUCGACUAUCGUUGGUGUCUUACUGGCACUCCGUUGCAGAACCGAAUUGGUGAAUUCUUCUCCCUGAUCCGCUUCCUCAACAUCCGCCCUUUUGCAUCGUACUUCUGCAAGACCUGUGACUGUGAGUCACUCGAGUGGACCAUGGACGAGGAUCACCGCUGCACCCAGUGCAACCACAAUGGCAUGCAGCAUGUGUCUGUCUUCAACCAGGAACUUCUGAACCCGAUCCAGCGAUACGGCAAUAUGGGCCCUGGCGCCGAAGCUUUCCGAAAGCUCCGACUGAUGACUGACCGCAUCAUGCUGAGGCGCCUCAAGAAGGAUCACACCAACUCGAUGGAGCUGCCAGUGAAGGAAAUUUACGUUGAUCGCCAAUUCUUCGGCGAAGCAGAGAAUGACUUCGCCAACAGUAUCAUGACGAACGGCCAGCGCGAAUUUGACACCUAUGUCGCUCAUGGUGUUCUUCUCAACAACUACGCCAACAUCUUUGGCCUCAUCAUGCAGAUGAGGCAGGUGGCUGAUCAUCCUGAUUUGAUCUUGAAGAAGAAUGCCGAGGGUGGACAGAACAUCCUGGUCUGCUGCAUUUGUGACGAGCCUGCGGAAGAAGCCAUACGAUCUAGGUGCAAGCAUGACUUCUGCCGUUCUUGUGCAAAGAGCUAUCUCAACUCGCAGGACCAGCCAGACUGCCCUCAGUGCCAUAUUCCACUCUCCAUCGACCUGGAGCAGCCCGAGAUCGAGCAGGAUGAGGCGUUUGUCAAGAAAUCUUCGAUUAUCAACCGUAUUAAGAUGGAGAACUGGACGUCAUCAUCCAAGAUCGAGCUCCUUGUUCAUGAACUGCACAAGCUUCGGUCGGACAAGGCUUCCCACAAGUCCAUCAUUUUCAGCCAGUUCACUACCAUGCUGCAGCUGAUCGAGUGGCGGCUGCGUCGUGCGGGAAUCACCACUGUGAUGCUGGACGGUAGCAUGACUCCAGCUCAACGUGCAGCCUCCAUCGAUCAUUUCAUGAAGAACACGGAGGUGGAGUGUUUCCUUGUGUCGCUCAAGGCCGGCGGUGUUGCCUUGAACUUGACCGAGGCAUCGCGAGUCUUCAUCGUUGAUCCGUGGUGGAACCCCGCUGCCGAAUGGCAGUCUGCUGAUCGGUGCCAUCGUAUCGGCCAGACACGUCCUUGUACCAUCACUCGUCUUUGCAUCGAGGACUCUGUGGAGAGUCGUAUGGUUUUGCUUCAGCAGAAGAAGGCCAGCAUGAUUCAUUCCACCAUCAACAAUGACGACGCAGCGAUGGAGUCACUGACACCCGAGGAUCUACAAUUUCUCUUCCGCGGAAACUGA